GAUCACCACUCCAUUCUUGACGUUUGCAAUGGCUAACGGAACACACCUGCUCCUUUAAGUAUGCAUCGCCAUGUGGGUGUGUAACCCAGCGACCCUCUUCCACGUCUUUUCGCAUAGCACUGGCCAAACGGAAGCCGAGCCCAAAGCCGCCGUCGCGGUGACUGCUGCGCCUGCCAUGACUGUAACUCCGGAGCUGGCUCUCCGCAAUGCGAACACGUAUCCGGCUUCGCAAACGGUCAAGCAGACCACAUUUAUGCAAUGCAUUGCUAGCCUUGAGUGAUGGCCAAGCGCUGGUUGUAGCGUAGAUAGAAUGCUCCCAAUGGAAGGGGAGACAUUCCCAUACACACACAUA